AUGGACAACUCAAUCAUGCCAUCCUCGCCGCGGCAUGCCCGCCCACCAACGAGAUCCGACAAUCCAUCCGCCGCCAACACCAACAACGAUGGCGUCCCCUCCAUUUGUCGAAUCUGUCGAUCGGAAGCGACCGAAACUGAGCCGCUCUUCUACCCCUGCAAAUGCAGUGGCAGCAUCAAAUUCGUCCACCAAGAUUGCCUCAUGGAGUGGCUAUCCCACUCCCAGAAGAAGUACUGCGAGCUUUGCAAAACAUCUUUUCGGUUUACAAAACUAUACUCCCCGGAUAUGCCCCAGACGUUGCCCGUCCACAUAUUCCUCGAGCACAUGGCCAAAUAUCUAUUCCGCAACCUGGUCGUUUGGUUUCGCGCCCUCCUGGCCAUCGGGGUUUGGAUAUGCUUCCUGCCGCUCUCCAUGCGCGCUGUCUGGUCCUUUAUGUUUUGGAUCAGUGACGAAGGCCUGGGAGGCUCGAUCUCGUCCCUCAGAGGUGGACAGGCUUCCUGGGAAGCAUCCUUGUACAACCAAUUUUUCGGCCAAUGCCCCGCGAAUCCGCUUCUUGACGCGGCUACUACAACCUUGGCCCAAGCCGCCACAAUGAUGAAGAAUCUUCCCGGAGAUCUUAGUGGUAUUCCCAAGUUCGCCGUCAAGUCCGUGGGGUACGCUGCAAACACCAUCAACGGCACGGGCUCCUUCCGAUCGUUUAGGGACGAGAACGGCACCAUUACGAUUAUAUACGAGAUUGACUCCCCGUCAGCUUCCCUGCUCAGCAACGUCACGUUUCUUCGCAAUUUGACGCAGAGCCCUAGAGUGAACAGGACAAUCAUGUCCAUCAUCGAAGGUCAAAUCAUCACUAUUCUCGUCGUCAUCUGCUUCAUUUUAAUCAUCCUGGUGCGAGACUACGUCGUCCAACAGCAACCAGAGCUGAACAUGCGUGCCGCCUUUGCUAACCAAGAAGAGGCCGCUCAAGGAGAUGCAUUUGAUGCUGAUCCUGACCAGCCGGUCAGAGAUGCUGGUGAAAAUGCUGCUGGGUUCAAUCUUGACAAUGAUCUUGUCCAACCUCAUCCUCCCCUUCCUAUGCCGCAAGAAGUGCCUCCUAGCAGUAUCUUCGAACGUCCGCCUGUGCCUCUGGAGGUUGAGCAGGAGGCCGUCAAUAAGGUCUGGGCCUUGACCCAACGCCCCGGUGGCCACCUGGGAGACGAGGAGGAAACGUUGCAGAUCAUGGAGUACCUUGGCAUAUAUCGACGUGCUCGCGGCGAUUAUGGAGAAGUUAUUCGGAUCAUUGAGCGGGAAAAUACAGACGGCAGACUUCUCCACUGGGCCGACGCUACUCGUCAAGCUAUGAUUAACAAUAUCCAAGAAGAGUCCUCAACCCCCGAGAAUAACUUCGCCAACUCGCGAGACAUUUUUGAACGCCCCGAUACCCCAGAGCCAUCCUCGAGUCACUAUCACGAGAGCAUCGAGAGCUCAGAUCGUUUCUUGAAUGGCGAUGACGAGAGGCUCACCCACGAGACUGCUUACCCUGCCUCGCCAUUCUUCCAACAAGAUGUCGGGGCCACAAGCUCCAACUUUGGGACUGGAUUGCGACCCCGAGCUGCGUCAGCCGGACCUAGCCAUGCAAGCUCGAGACAUCCGUUGGCGGAUAACAACUGGUCGUUUGAAGGGCUGCAAGCCGACGAGCAAGAAUCCUCUCACAGCCGGCAUGAUGCCCCGGAUGUGUCCGCCUCAACGCAUGCGGACGGGUCCUACCACAACCCAUUGCCAGAAGGAUUUCCAGUAGACGCUUAUCCGAAUUUCCCAAAUCAGCCAUUGCAAGGACCAGCAGUUGAAACAGACCAAGGUGGUGACUUUGAACGCGAGCCUGAAGCGGCUGUCCAAACACUUCCGGCUGACACUGCGGCUCUUCCCCAAGGCGCCGCCGCCCCUAUCAACAACGAUGAGCCAAUUGGAUUCGUCGAUAGAGUGGCCAACCUCAUGUGGGGUGGCCUCGAUCACCAUGCUGACGAGCUAGAAAUUCAAGCCGCCGAAGCGCAGGAUGACGAUGAGGAUGCCUGGGUUGAUGUUGUCGACGACGAUUUCGGUGCAGACGAUGCUCAGCCUGCCGGGGAAGACCCAAUACAAGGUGCCGAUGGCUUCGAUCAAGAAGCCAUUGAUGAGAUGGAAGAUUUCGAAGGCGUCAUGGAAUUGAUUGGCAUGCGAGGCCCUAUCGCCGGGUUGUUUCAAAACGCCGUCUUUUGCUCUGUCCUUGUCUCCGUGACCAUUUUCGCCUGCAUAUUCGUCCCCUACAACAUUGGCCGCGUCACAGUCUGGCUCCUAGCCAGCCCCAUGCGUCUCGUGCGCAUGAUUGUGGAAAUUUCGAAGCUCAUCCAGGAUGCCCUCGUCAUGGCUUGCGCUUUUCUGUCCUGGUGCUUGAUCAAUUUGGUAGAGAUGGGACUCUUCUCCAUGUCAGGCGAUGUCGGAAGCAGAUUGGUCUCAACCCGAAAAACAUGUUGGGCCCUUUGGAUCAAUGCCGGGGCCAGGAUUUUCGAUUAUUUAUUCAUGGAUUUCCCAAUGUCGGCAACAGAGAUUCAGAACUUUUCCGCCAUCAGCCAUGUUGCUCUAUUGAACCUCAAAGCCCAAGCAUUUCACUCUUUUGGAGUCGUCCAACAGCUUGGCUGGACAGCUUACACAAGCGGUGUUAAAAUGUCACUUGCUGAACAACUCGGCCUACUUGCGACAAAAGCCCAAGCUGCCCUGCAAUUCGUCAUUGCGUCCUCUUCGCUCCUGUUGACCCCUGAUGCUUGGGUGAUCAACCUGGGAGAAUCAAAGGUUGUUGAAGUUGCCGAUCCUGAACUUGCGCGCUGGUCCGGAGGAGAUCGAUUCUGGGCCAUCCUGGCUGGGUAUAUGGCCGUCUUUUCCAUGGCUGCCAUGUAUCUUCAGCGCAACAGCCCGUUCUCGAGUGGCGAAUUCAUGAGAGCUUGGGAAGCAGGUGUCAUUGAUACCCUUCAGCAAGCCAGCGGUAUAAUGAAGGUGAUUUUAAUCAUCAGCAUAGAAAUGCUAGUCUUCCCUCUGUAUUGUGGGAUGCUGCUUGACCUGGCUCUUCUCCCGCUUUUCGGGGAUGCGACUGUCCUAUCACGACUUGUGUUCACGCGCGACUAUCCUGCCACCUCAGUGUUUGUCCACUGGUUCGUCGGUACCGGCUACAUGUUUCACUUUGCCCUCUUUGUCUCGAUGUGCCGCAAGAUUAUGCGGCCAGGCGUUUUAUACUUUAUCCGCGACCCCGACGACCCAGAGUUCCACCCCGUGCGCGAUGUACUGGAAAGAAACCUGAUUACCCAACUUAGGAAGAUUCUAUUCUCGGCGUUCGUUUACGGGGCACUUGUCAUUGUCUGUCUUGGCGGGGUAGUCUGGGGACUCUCCUGGGCAUUGCCAACGGUGCUGCCAAUUCACUACUUGUCCAAUGAACCGGUGCUAGAGUUUCCCGUUGAUCUUCUCUUUUACAACUUCUUAAUGCCGCUGGCUAUCAAAUUCUUCAAGCCCGGUGACGGCAUUCACGCCAUGUACACCUGGUGGUUCCGCCGAUGCGCGAGAGCCCUUCGUUUAACGUCGUUCCUGUUUGGUACUCGCAAGAUUGACGAGGAGGGCAGCUUACGGCUGCCAGGGUCGGCUGGGACUGGGCGACUGCAAAGCUUGUUUGUGCGACUCGGGGACUCAGACACGACGAGUACUGGCUCAUGGAGAGAUGCCCUCGUGGGUGACGUUGGAGUCGAUGAUCCAAAUGUACCGCUGGGCGGCCGCAAAGAGCACCUGGUCCGGUCUAGGCUGCUGGUGGAAGAUGGCAAAUUUGUUCGUGCGCCGGCAUCGGAUCGCGUCAAAAUCGCCAAGGGUCGUAAGGUGUUCCUUGCGGUCAAUGAGGACAACAAGCGACAGGACGGGAAGAAAGACGAUGACUUAUACGCCUCGGAUCAGUACCGCAAGGUGUACGUGCCGCCCAGCUUCAAGUCGCGCAUCUUCUGCUUUAUUCUCUUCAUCUGGAUCUUUGCAGCUGUUACUGGUGUCGGUCUUACGAUAGUCCCACUGGUGAUUGGGCGGGCGAUUUUCAAGAUGCUUAUUCCCGACUAUGUGCGUACCAACGACAUUUAUGCCUUCAGUAUCGGCAUUUACGUUGUCGGGGCAGUAAGCUACCUGGGCAUCCGCAGCCGCCGCGUGUUGGACAAGGUACCGGGCUGGAUAGCGAGCACAAGGCAAGAAAUGGCGGCUGGGCGACUAGCAAGCCGCACGUUGUCGACGUGCGGGCGGGCGGCUCAGCUUGUCUAUACCUAUUUUUUCCUUGGCAUUGUCUUGCCACUACUUAUUGCAGUGCUGAUAGAGCUCUAUAUCGCGAUUCCGCUACACACGUACAUGAACCCUCCGACGGCAGCCACGAUUGAAGCGGACCAGGCUGUGAACUCGAGUCAAGGCAGACAUACGGUCCGUCUGACACAGUCGUGGACGCUUGGUCUGCUCUUUAUGAAAUUGGGCUCGCAAACGAUUACGACCCUGUUUCCGACGAGUCGAGCGGCUGUGGCGGUGCGAAGUGUGCUGCGACGAGGAUGGCAGCGUCCGGAUGUGGGUGUGUUUACGCGGGCGUUUGUGAUUCCCGGGCUGGCGAUUGCUCUGGUGGCGAUAUUCGCGCCGCCGCUGUUGGCAAGAUCUCUGGUACACUACCAAUUCAUGGGGUACAUGCCGAAGGCGGGCGGGAAUAGGGAGGAAAUGGCGAAACUGGCGAUAUUCUACCGGUUCUCGUACCCCGGUGCGGCGGUGCUGCUGGUGGCGGUGAAGAAUGGAAUGAUGCUCGCCAGCGUGUUCAACAAAUGGACAUCGGGGGUGCGAGACGAAGCUUAUCUAAUCGGAGAGCGACUGCACAAUUUCGGGGCGGCGACUGCGGGAACGCGCAAGGGCCGGGCGACGUGGAGAGCGGGAGGCAACCGAUUGUAA